AUGAACUUGACACCGGAGGUUAUUGAGCAGCUUGUCGACAGAUUCCUUAACACAGGUUCACUCGCGGACAAAAACGCACCUAAAUCAGCUAAUCCGGCCGCUCAGGCUCUUGUUGGCAGUAGCACCUUAUUGGUAUACAGAAGGACUUCUGGUUAG